CUCUCCGCCCAGCGUCGCGAGGCCAGCUCCGGGCCGGGCGGUGGGGUCUGGGCGCCCAGGCGAGGGGCGGAGCUGGGAGAUGGCGUCCGGAGCGGCUCGCUGGCUGGCCCUGGCACCCCUCCGAUCCGGGGCUCUCCGCAGCGCACCGAGUGUUAGGCAAGGUGGCGAUGGCGCUGCCGUCCGGGGCGGCUCCGGGCCGAGCCUGGUACCUUCGAGGUCAGUCAUCGUCACCCGCAGCGGCGCCAUUUUGCCCAAACCCGUCAAAAUGUCCUUCGGCCUCCUCCGCGUGUUCUCCAUCGUGAUCCCCUUUCUCUACGUCGGCACGCUCAUCAGCAAGAACUUCGCCGCUCUGCUUGAGGAGCACGACAUUUUUGUCCCAGAGGAUGAUGAUGAUGAUGACUAGCAGGGCACAGGAAAAUGCUGAAGGGAGAACGCACCAGCUGAAGAACUGGUGCCGCUCGCAGCCUGUGCCUCCGCCACAGAAGGGCCAGGGAGCCCCUCAGCCCCCAGUGCAGCGGAGCCUCCUCCACAGCCCCGAUCCCCGAGAUGUGCUGUCCCGUGAGCACUGGAAAAGCAAUCCUAUCAUGAAUAAACAUAAUAAACACA